CACGAGACCAUCUAAGAAGGUUAUGCAACCGGACUGGAGACUGGAGAUUACUGAAAAAAAAAUGGAGAUGUUCCUUAUCUGCUUCUUGGAAAUGAACUUAAAUGUCAACUUGGACCCGGUGUUACUCGAAUGUGCCAGAGAAAAUAGCUGAUAAUUCACCUGAUUCGGCCCAGUGUGAGUUAGUUAGGGCAUGUUACGAUAUCCGCUGCUUGAGGUGUCUGACAAAGAUGGCGGGAAAGCUCUGAAUCUAUCACAGUGCAGUCAGUAAACAGCAGAAUCAACUGAGCAACAGCAAUGAUUCGACGUAUUAGUCCGUGACCGUCCCGUGGUGAGAUCAGUGACAGUACCUACUGUUUCUGGAAUUCGUCGGAUAGUAGAAGUUAUGGAAAUUUGUGGAUUCCGUGUUACCGUCCAAAUUGCAGUCAGUGAUGUCAUCUAUAAUUCACUGAAUUCAGCAGCUGAAGGUUUCCAGGUGUUCGGGGAAUAUGCUGAAUGGAUGGUACCAUGCAGCUUACUGGAUCGUCCUGAUGCGGAUUAGAGAUUAGAAUGGCAGAAGGGUUGUGCAUGGAAGUGAAAUCGAUUUCUUGUAAACCUUAAUCAUGGAUCGAGGAGGCUUGGACUUCGACUUGGAGAAGACGAGGUUACUCAGUCUUGCGUCUAAUUCAGGGUUUGAAGAUUCCGUCGCGCAGUCCUGCCUGCAGGAGAUCAUCGAUCUAUAUGGAGAGGAUGGACUGGAUUUCGUGACUGUGGAGCAUUGUGGGGAAGACUAUCUUACACGGUUAGCCGAUUCCAUUCAAGAGGAUGAAGUUUGGGACGCUGGUGCUUUCGACCCUGAGUGGCCUGACGUCGAGUACAGGCUCGAUACACAAGACCCUUCUCCCGAGAAGGAUCUUGUGUUGGACGCAGCUUUCCUGGAAGAAAGUGAAAGUGAAGAGGAGUACGCACCUGAUUCUGAGGAAGUGACAGAGGAUGAAGAAGAAAAGUCGCCUCUGAAAAGACGAGCAACCAUGAUUACCAAGGUUGCAGCAAAGAAAUCUAAAGGCACUGUUUCGUCUCAGGACAACCUUCCUAUUUCAUCCUUAUCGCAGGAAGUCAGCACACCUGGGAUAAAUGGCGAUCACCCUACAGUUCAUCAAGUUCGUGAGGGAAAAUCGAUUACCCCUGUAAUGAAAGAGAGAUUAAUAUCUGUAGCACAGAUUCAGUCUGUGGAUGACCUGGAGCUGGCAAACAUUGCAGUUUUUGGAAACACUUCUUUUAGGCCCUUGCAAAGAAGAGCAUGCGAAGCCGCGAUGGCCGGGAAGGAUUGUUUCAUUCUGAUGCCGACUGGAAGUGGAAAGAGCCUUUGUUACCAGCUCCCUGCUGUUCUUACCCCGGGUGUUACCAUCGUCAUAUCACCACUGCUUUCACUGAUUCAAGAUCAAGUUAUAGCUUUGGUGGAGCACUGUGAUAUUCCUGCGACCUUCUUGAGUUCUCAACAAUCACAAUCUGAGGGGAACGCCGUAAUUCAAGAAUUGAGGAAGCCAAGGCCAUCAUGCAAACUUGUUUAUGUGACCCCUGAGAAAAUGGUCGGCAGCCCUAGUUUUCGAGCAAUUUUGACCAUAUUAGAAAAUAAGGGACAAUUGGCCCGUUUUGUCGUUGAUGAAGCACACUGUGUGAGUCAAUGGGGCCAUGACUUCCGUCCUGAAUACCAUCAAUUAGGGAUACUGAAAAAAGACUUUCCUCGAGUUCCUGUCAUGGCUUUGACAGCAACAGCUACCCACGAUGUCCGGAAGGACGUCAUGAAAGUUCUGAAAAUACCCCAAGCGGUUGUUCUGGAGAUGGGCUUUGACCGGCCCAACCUGACGUACGAAGUUAUAGCGAAGGAACCGAAGGAGUCAAUGAAACAAAUCGGGAAGCUUCUGAAGGAGAGGUUCAAGAACCAAUGCGGAAUCAUCUACUGCCUUUCUCAAAACGAGUCGAUGGAUGUUUGCGAGUAUCUCAUGAAGGAGUGCAAGAUCAAGGUCGUCUAUUAUCACGGUGGCUUGUCAGGUCCCCAACGAAUCUUAGCACAGCAAAGGUGGCAGAGAGGGGAUGUGCAAGUUGUGUGCGCAACUAUAGCCUUCGGCAUGGGGAUCGAUAAACCAGACGUACGGUUUGUUAUCCACCAUACACUGUCAAAGGCUAUCGAAGGCUACUAUCAAGAAUCCGGACGAGCUGGUCGAGAUGGACUUCCAGCAGCCUGUUUGGUGCUCUAUCGAAAACAAGACUUCAGCCGGAUUGUGUGCAUGCUUAGGAGAGGCAAGGGACGCAAAAAGGAGCGAUUCAAGGUGGACAUGGCACAAGCAGAGAAAAUGAAAGAAUAUUGUGAAGAGAAGAGUUGUUGCCGGAGACAAACUCUUUUGAAGCAUUUUGGCGAGUCGUACGACCGGAGGGCAUGUCAGUCUGGAAUCAAUCCUUGCGACACCUGCCGGUAGAUCGAUUUGAGCAGCAAAUUGUGGUAGAAUAGAAGCUGGGGUAGAUGAUAGGAAGUUAUCAGAAUGCCGGUCUGUUGUAAGGUUCCGUAAGAAAUGAUUUCUCUUGGGAAGAGAAUGCUUUCUCUUACGGUGAGAAAGGUGGUCGCAACUAGUUCAAAAAGUCGAUGAAGUCCUACAAAUUAGUACCUCACUCAAUGUAACUGCGCUGUCUUUAAUGGGUCCUGCAGAUGGUAAAUUUUUCUCUGGUAAAUGUGGUUAUACGAAGG